CCUACGGUGAAGUCUAGCCUGUGUGCGUUUCGUCCCGUUUGUCCCUCUUCUCUUGCCUUACAGAAUGCUAAUCACAUGAACAGGCAGGGUGGCUACCGCUGGUGCUGUCAAAGAGGAGCCAAACUGUCAGCAACAUUGUUACUGUAGGAUUCAUUUGUAAGUACAAAAGUCUGCUUUGUCCUGCUCUUUGGUGUCUGAGGAUUUUCUCUGGCAUGAUGGAGCUAAUAUGGGGUGGAUUGCACACCCCGUGACCUGUGGACUGAACCAGGAAUUUCCCACUCUGCACCUCUUCUCCAGCAACACAGCUGACUGCUGUCAUGGCCUCCAGCUACCCCCCCGCCUUUGAGGGCACAGGUGAGGUGAAAGAGGGCUUUCUUUGCCCACUGUGCCUGAAAGACCUUCAGUCAUUCUAUCAACUCCAAGAACACUAUGAAGAGGAGCACACUGGGGAUGAUGGCCAUGUUAGGGGACAGCUCAAAAGCUGGGUUCAGAAGGCAAAGAAAGCCAAAGACAAGCUCUUAAAGAGGGAUGGAGAUGACAGAGUGGAUACUGGCAGUUAUGAGUCCUUCUACUAUGGUGGAGUGGACCCAUUCAUGUGGGAGCCUCAGGAACUAGGAGCAACUAGAAGUCACCUGGACUUGUUUAAAAAACACCGGGCAGCCAGGAUAGAUCACUAUGUCAUUGAGGUCAACAAGCUCAUCAUCAGACUGGAAAAGCUGACAUCAUUUGACAGGACCAACUCAGAUGCUGCCAAAAUCAGAGCCAAUGAGAAGUCUGUAGUGUCAUGGGUGAAUGACACAGAUGUCCCCUUCUGUCCUGACUGUGGGAACAAGUUCAACAUCCGGAACAGACGGCACCACUGUCGUCUCUGUGGGUCUAUCAUGUGUAGGAAGUGCAUGGAAUUUGUCCCCUUAACUUUGGCCCAAAAGCUAAUUAAUGGGACACGCGAGGCACUGUGUGUACCCGGGAGCCCAGUUCAGUCACAAUCCCCUCCAGCAGGGGGUGGCAGCAGUGGGAUGGGCUCUAGGAGAGGCAGCAUCAGCAGCCUGAGCAGCAUAACCUCCAUGCUGGAGGAGAAGGAUGACGAGAAGAUCCGCUGCUGCCACCACUGCAUGGACACACUGCUGAAGAGACAACAGAAGUUAGAAGAGAAAGACCACGUGCCUGAUAUAGUAAAACUUUAUGAGAGGCUGAGGAUGUGCAUGGAGAAGGUGGAUGAAAAAGCUCCAGAAUACAUCAAAAUGGCUGAAUCUCUCAAUGCCGGAGAAACCACAUACAAUCUUGACACUGCUGGUGGACUGAGACUGGAAGUACACAAAUACUACGAACUCAUCGAUGCUCUAAGUAAGAAGAUUUUAACACUGGGAGUUAAAAACGAUCCCCCGCCACAUCCAAAGUCACUUCAGCUGCAGAGGAUGGUGCGCUAUACAGCAACGCUAUUUGUCCAGGAGAAGCUGUUAGGUCUCAUGUCUUUACCCACCAAGGACAAAUAUGAAGAGCUGAAAGAGAAGAGAAAACAGGAACAAGAGAAGAGACUCCAACAAGAGAGACUGGCAGGCCAGGAGGCCCUGAGGAGGAGGCAGGAGGCUGAGAGAAACCGUCCACCUAUCAGUAAUAAUGGAGAGCUGCCGCAGGCCCCUAGGGUGCCACGGAUGACCAAAGCAGGUGGCUGGUUGCCAUCUGCAGACACUGUUCAUGCACGCAGUGAGCUGGAAGACCCCCUCCUGCAGCAGAUUGAGAACAUUCAGUCAUUCCUCCGUCAGGCACGGGAGGCCCAAAGAACAGAUGAGGCAGCCAUGUUGGAGGAGAACUUGCGUCAACUACAGGAUGAAUACGAUCAACAGCAGACCAGCCUGGCCAUUGUUCUUUCGCAGAAGCUAGCUGAGGAGGAGAGCUUGCAGCAGGGGGAGCUGGAUCGCCUGGAGGCCCGGGAAAAAUUAGAGAGGGAGAACUGUGGCCCCCCUGUGGAAUCCACUCUGCCUUCCUUCACCUGGGAGAGGACUCUGCAUAUCAGCACGGCAGGGAGCUUCCCGGAAGAGGACGACAAUACAGCAGAGGAUCUGACUCCUAAAGCUGAGAGGAGCCCAUCAUCUGUUAGAGCAUUCCCUGCUCUCACAAGCCAGGAGGAGUCGCCUCCUAGGUUGAGGAGCUUAGGGGGGCACGUAACCCCCCCUGGUGGCGAAGGACAGAACAGCACCUCCUUUAACCCUUUUGAUGAGGAGGGCUCUACUCCACUGGAGGAGGAUCCGUCCAAUCCUUUCUUUGAAGACAUCAAGAGGGAACAUAAAGAAAUAACCAGUGGGAAGAAAGAAUACAACCCCUUUGAUGAAGAUGAUGAGGAGGACAAACAGGCAGAGACUGUACCCAGCAACCCCUUUAAGGAGGGUGACGACACUGAUGCGGGUAAUCCUUUCAUGAAGGCUUCUGGGAGUUCUCCAGGAGACUCAACCAACCCCUUUGACGGGGACGACGAUGAUGAGGUUUUGACCGAUUUGGACAUAAUAGAGGAAGAACUGCUGCUGCAGCAGAUUGACAACAUUAGGGCCUACAUUUUUGAUGCCAAGCUCAGCGGCCGUCUUGACGAGGUGGAGCUCCUGUCAGGGAACCUGAGAGAGCUAAAACGCACCCUUGAGGAACAGAAGAGAAAGAAGCACUAACAACUUUUCCUCAAAAUCCCCCUGAUCUACUGCUACUGCACCAAGUCCUGAAAGACUAGCUCACUACUGUAAUGAGCCUACAGAGGUUAGUUUGGGUGAGGUCUGCUGCACUACAGAAAUAUAACAUUAGUUCCAAAAUUAAAUAUGUAUUAGACUUCAGUAGUCUGGAGUGACUCCCUUAAUUUCCAAACAUCUUUCUGUACAGGGUCGCAGAGAGCUGGAUCCUCCAGUAUCCCAUCAUACCAAGUUUUUAAACACUGCAAGUACAAAUGUGUACAAAUACUCUGUUAUAUCAGUACAAACAUAAACCAUGGAAGAAAGCUGCUUAAAAAGCUGUGGUCUUGUUGAAGUCUCUGGCAGAAAUUCAGAACAAAGACAAUGUGUUUGCUCGGCUUAAGUUGAACAAAUUGGAGCCAUGUGAGCAAUUAACUGAUGCACAAAAUCCAUGGAUAAAUAAUUUCAAGGGCUUUUUUGUUGACAAAUUGUGUACUCAAGCAAUUUAGCAUUGCACUCGUAUAUCACUGGACAGUUAGAAAAAGGCAUCAAAGCAGAUGCAGCACAGCCAGAGAUAAUGCUUAAUGCAACUCAGCUGCCAUCAGUUUAGUUGUGACACCACAUGAGGCAGCUCACUCUGCAGUACAGAAGGCUGUCAACAGCUUUUUUUAGGAUGUGUGAAAUGGGUGGAGUUCUCCUUUAUUUCCAUUCUUAUUAGACGUAUUAUAUUAUUGCACCUACAACUUCAUUUUAUUUGUGGUUAGUGAGGUUCCAGCUCCUUACUUAACUAAAUACCAAAGAACCAAACCAUGCAUGGCUGUUCCAACCGGGCAGUGAACUAGUCUCAGAACAAAAUAACAUCUGAUAAUCUCAUAAAAGCAGGUUAAAUUAGAUUUAUGGCCAUUCUUGUGCAGCCUAGUUUUUGAAGGAAAUUCUUAUACAUUAAUAUUUAAUCACAGGCCUAAAUUACUAAGCCAGUAACACCAUUUGCACCAUUUGUUGCAGCACUUACGACCCCUUUCUCCUAGAUUUUUAAGAGAAAUUUAACCAUUUUUGUUGUUUGUCGCUUGUACUGACCAUAAGAAGCUUUCACUCAUACUGCUAAUAACAAGUGCGUUUACAGUACAGUAUCCAUAAUAGAAAUUGAUUAUUGUUCUAACAGUGAUUUGUUUUUUUUGUUGGGGUUUUUUUCUUAUUUUGCUUGUUUUCUGUAAAACUAAAUGCACACGUUACCCUGCCCUUGUUGGGUUUCUUUGUCUAAA